AUGGCGAUACAUUUAUACAAAACUUCUACCCCAAGCACACGCAAUGGAACCGUAGACAGUCGUCAAGUAAAAUCCAAUCCACGAAAUCAUUUGAUCUAUGGACAGCAUCGUUGUGGUAAAGGUCGUAAUGCCAGAGGAAUAAUUACCGCAGGGCAUAGAGGGGGAGGUCAUAAGCGUCUAUACCGUCAAAUUGAUUUUCGACGGAAUGAAAAAAACAUAUAUGGUAGAAUCGUAACCAUAGAAUAUGACCCUAAUCGAAAUGCAUCCAUUUGUCUCAUACACUAUGGGGAUGGUGAGAAAAAAUAUAUUUUACACCCCAGAGGGGCUAUAAUUGGAGAUACCAUUGUUUCUGGUACAGAAGUUCCUAUAAAAAUGGGAAAUGCCCUACCUUUGACCGAUAUGCCCUUAGGCACGGCCAUACAUAACAUAGAAAUCACACUCGGAAAGGGUGGACAAUUAGCUAGAGCAGCUGGUGCUGUAGCGAAACUAAUUGCAAAAGAGGGGAAAUCGGCCACAUUAAAAUUACCUUCUGGGGAGGUCCGUUUGAUAUCCAAAAACUGCUCGGCAACAGUUGGACAAGUGGGAAAUGUUGGGGUAAACCAGAAAAAUUUAGGUAGAGCCGGAUCUAAAUGUUGGCUAGGUAAACGUCCUAUAGUAAGAGGAGUAGUUAUGAACCCUGUAGACCAUCCGCAUGGGGGUGGUGAAGGGAGGGCCCCAAUUGGUAGAAAAAAACCCGCAACUCCUUGGGGUUUUCCUGCACUUGGAAGAAGAAGUAGAAAAAGGAAGAAAUAUAGUGAUAAUUUGAUUCUUCGUCGUCGUACUAAAUAG